AUGGCCCUCAGUCCCCGGCAGACCUUUGAUGGUCAGAGGGUGCGAAGAAUCUCCGGGUCAGCCAUGACGAUUGCUACGUGGAACGUCAAGAGUAUGUACCGCACCUAUAAAGUGGUAAAUAUAGAACGGGAGAUGCUAAGACUUAAGAUAAACAUCCUUGGGGUGAGUGAGUCUAGGCACCAGGGAACUGGAGUCUUGUUACGGGAUGACACAGUAGUAUAUUAUAGCGGUAACAAUGAUAAAAAUCAUUACAACGGUGUGGCCGUCAUUAUCAGCAGACAUCUACAUCAUCAGGUUCAGAGUUUCUUACCCAUAUCGGACAGAGUUUUAGUCCUGGAGUUAAGAGCAAAACCUAAAAACAUCCAGAUAGUCCAGGUUUAUGCACCAACCACCGAUGCUACUGACGAGGAUAAUGAACUCUUUUACGAACAAGUAGAAAACGCUCUUAAACAUCUCAAUCCACACAACAUUAUCCUAGUCCAAGGCGCCGAUAUUGGAUCUGAUCACAAUCCGGUUGUUGCAUCCCUUCGCUGUAGUAUGAAAAUUCUAAAACCUAAAUCAAAAAGACAACAAAUGGAUGUGACCAGACUUAAAGAACCGGAAAUACGGCUUAAAACAGCUACAGAAAUAAAUAUGGCUGUUGACCGCUUGAACAAAGAACUUGGUCCUAAUGUUGACGUAGAAGAGACAUGGACUAAAUUAAAGGAAAAGCUUGUUGAUACUGGUAAAAGAAUUCUCCAACCAUUAAAAUGUAAAAUAAAAAACCGCUGGAUCACUGAGGAGAUUUUAAGCCUAAUGGAACAGCGCAGAACCCACAAAGGAGUAGAUGAUCAACAAUAUAAAUACAUACACAAGUUAAUCCAAACAAAAGUACUUGAAGCGGAAGAAAAAUGGAUGGUUGACCAAUGCAUUGCGAUAGAAGAGUUUGAGGCCAGAUAUGAUUAUUUUAAUAUGCAUAGGAAAGUCAGGGAAAUAACGGGUACUUUUAAAACACGAAACAUGAACUGUAACGUUUUACUGGAUGAUCAGGGAAAUCCUGCUAAAACAAUUGAAGAUAAACUUAAUACUUGGCAAAAUUAUAUAACAACACUAUUCCAUGACGUUAGACCUGCUCUAGAAUCAAGUUCAUGUGGAAGUGAGUUAACUGGACCACCAAUUAAUAAAACUGAAAUUGCUUAUGCCAUUAACAUGUCCAAGUCAGGAAAAUCUGUAGGCGGUGAUGAAUUACCCGUGGAACUGUUGAAAGUGCUUGAGUAUGCUAACUUAGGAAUAAUAGUAAAGUUAUUCAACACCAUAUAUGAUUCGGGCGUCAUACCGUCGGAUUGGCUUAAAUCCACCUUUGUCACCUUGCCCAAAGCUGAUGAUACAAUUGUGCUAGUUCGAAGCCAUCAUGAGAGUACUAAUUUACAUGACAAUCGUAUUCAUGACGUCACCUCUGCUGAGAUUGGCAAGGCGGAGAGUAUUUGUAACGGUUUAAAUCUUUUUUGGAAAAGCAUUAUUCAACCAAUUGAUAUUAAAUCAUAUGGUUGUGUAUUAUCCACUGCAGCCUUUAUGCUUCCAGCGAAAGAGAGAGAUUUUAGUGCAUCAUUGCUAUAUAUUCAAAUUAUAUAUUAUAAUCGUACCAAUGAAAAGGACCUUGCGGAAUUCAAGAUUAUUGCUGACGUUGAGAAACGACGGAUGUCGGGCCGAGUAAAAAAGAUGUUAAGGAGUAGUAUUCCUUCGCCUUUCAAAGUAUCAUCUCUUCUUGCGCUAUUGUCGACGGCUAGCGAUGAUAUUCAAAUGGUUAAUAGCAUGUUUGAACAUUAUGUGCAUUUUCCGUUGUAUAAAUCUCUCAUUCUAUCAAGCAUAUGUACCACUGAUGCUUAUAAUGUCGGGAAGUUCUUACUUCAGCUCUAUGUGCUCGAUGAGGCGCCAUCUUCUACAGUUAGUGUAAGACAAUUUCUUAAUGGUGCGGUGCCUUUCAAAUGUGUUCAG